AUGGUGCUGUUAGUGAAGAUCAUCCUCAGCUCGAUGCUGAUAAGCGGCGGUGUAAUGAUUUACGCCCAGGCACAGCAUCUUCUGGCGCAGGCCCUCUAUCUGGGUGAUCCGGACUCGUUCAACUCGACGCGGGAAGACUGCGUGUGGAAGCGGAGCAAUGGACAGGACGUGUGUCCGGAUCAGGACAUCAUCAUCUACCUCUACACGUCCGGCAUUGUGAAGGAUAAGUUUAAGUUCGACCAUCGGCUUCGGGACUGGUUGAACAACACCGAAUGGGACCACGCGAAGGAGAACAUCAUUCUGAUACACGGGUACGCCGGCGGUGAUGAUACGCUACCGAUUGCGGUUCUAAGAGACGCAUACAUUAACCACGGCGGGUACAAUGUGUUCCUUGUCGAUUGGGGAGCGCUCUGUCAGCCACCGUGCUACGUCGCGGCUGUAUACAACAUACGUCCGGUGGCGACCUGUCUAGCACAGAGUCUGAUGCAGCUACGAGACCUCGGGCUGCCGGUGGAGAAGACAACCUGCGUGGGGCACUCGCUCGGGGCACACAUCUGCGGUUUAAUGGCGAACUAUCUCAACUUCCGAAUGGAGCGCAUCAUAGCACUCGAUCCUGCGAGACCACUCAUCAAACCGGGCGGCGUUAACAGGCUCGAUCAGGGCGAUGCCAAGUACGUGCAGGUCAUACACACGAAUGCUGGCCAUUACGGUGAGGGCGGUCGUGUAGGACACAUCGAUUUCUGUGUAAACGGUGGCAGACGGCAACCAUACUGCGGGAACAGUACAAACAUAAACCUCUGCAGUCACAUUUGGGCCAUUUGCUAUCUGGCACAAUCCCUCUACGAAGGACACGAACCAAUGGCGGAGCCGUGCAGUCGCCGAUGUCCCUCCAAUGCGGUACUAUCGGGCAUCCGGCAAGGGCGCCGACGGUUCGGUUAUGCGAUGGGUUAUGCCAUACCGAUGGGACUGAAAACACCACCGAACGCCUCCGGCUCGUACUGCAUAAAAGACAAUAAUCCUCCCUUCUGUCCAUCGAAACCCUCGAUGCCUGGAGAUCAGCGGUGUUGCAUAUGA